AUGAGCCUGGAACAGAUAAGAAAGCCUGAGGUCGACGAAUAUUCCUACCAGGAACCCAUCACCGUUGGAGAAGCUUUAGAAGCAACAACUCUAUCUAUUGCCGACAAACCGAUUGACCCAAGUGAUGCAGCUGCAAUUCAAACAGCUGAGACGAGAGCAACUGUCCGCUGUGAUAGACAACUUGGUGGCCUAAGCGCAACUGCUCAGUCUGCGGCCACUUUCAAUGCCCGUGCAGCGCGAGACGAAGAUAAGAUCACCAUCUCUGACGUUUUACCGGAUGCUUCUGUAAGGUUGCACCAUGAUAAAGCUGCGACAGAUGAAGAUGCUGAAGAGGUAAUACGGGCAGAGCGGACGGUCAAGCCUGCUGAGAGUACAACGCCUGGUGGGGUGGCGGCAACGAUGGCUUCAGCUGCUAGGGCAGUUAUAUCGGAGGCUUUAGGCUUUAAGAUAACGGAUAACGGGCAGAGCAACUUUGUUGUUAAUAGCAUUUAG